UAUUUUAAAGGUACUAUAUGUAACAAUGUACAUGUAUUAAUCGCUUUGUAUUGCCAUUGUGUGAACGGAUUGUAAUGUUUCAAAAUGAACAAAAAAAACAAUAAAUAUAAUAUUGAAAAAAAACAAAACUGCGCUCUCUGUGCGCUAAUUGCGUAUUUUAUACCCAGGAACUGGCACAAUUACGCAGCAAACACGUGACGCACGUUGCGCAGCAGCAGCUGAGAAUAUAAUCCAUCAGGAGAAGAGGAGCUCAGUGCGCAUGCGCAGCUCUGCAGAGGACGGUGUUAUCCUCUUAUCACCAUUCACACAGAAAAACAGUCACCUCAUAACAUCCAGAGGAGGGUUUAUUCAGUUAUUCUUCACACAUCCUGCAGCUGAAGAUGUCCUCCUGUGUCCUGCUCACUGCCCUGUUUGCCCUUCCUCUCUCUAUGGGUUGGGUCGUACUAAGUGAAAGAGAAGCCCAGGUGGUGUGUGCUGGGAGGGAGUUUCGUCUUCCCGUGUACUCGACGUCCAGAAUGGUGACUUUUACACCGGACCCCGAGGGGCCGAGGCGCGUCCUGCUGGACAAAACCGUAGUGAAGGACCGGCGGUUCGAGUGGACCAGAGAUAAGAUGCUCGUCCUGAAAGAAGUGACUCACGCCGAUCAGGGACUUUACGCCAUCAAACUGUUCUCUGGAUUCACCUACGAGGCCGUUCGCUUGACUGUUUCAGAGUGCAUCAAGUCCUACCCCAGAAACUACGGGGAGAAGUUUGAGCACAGCAUCCCUGAGAACGGCUCCCUGCUGGAGUUUUCUCCCCGCGGUGCUCCGCCCGAGGCCAUGCCGGUCGUGCUGUGGAACCGGACGGACCCCGAGACCAGCGACGCGGGCCGGGGCCGGCUGCUGCGGGGCGGGAAGGUCUGGGUGGCCGACAGAGUGACGCAAGCGGACCAAGGCAACUACACCGUGAGAGACGGCGAGGGGAAGGUCGUGUCCCGCUGCACCCUCUCCGUCCGCGGGCACUCCUUCAAUGUCACCCGCUUCACCAAGGAGUCUCUAAACCUGCCCCUCUUUCUUCCCGUCCCUCACGCCCACCUCAUUUUUACCCCCACCCGAUACCCUGACGAAUCCUCCCUGGGCCCUUUUGACCCCAAGCCCCCCCGCGGCCCCGUGCAGCUGCUCCGCGAGGGCCACAUAACGGACCACGACCUGCGCUACAGGGGCCUCGUCUCUCUGGGCAGGAACGGCACCGUCAAUGAGGUCAUCAUAGUGAGGCUGACGUCGAGGCACGACGGGGUGUAUGAGGUCAGAGAUGUGGUCGGCAACCUGGUGUCCUCCACCUGGUUGCAGGUGAUCGAAAAGGGAGGCAGAUGGCGAUCUCUUCUCAAGUCCAUCACGGUCCCUUCUGGCAUGUUUGUGUCGCUGGCUGGUUUCAUCCUGUUCAUGAAGCGGUACCCGAACUGCAGCGUGUCGCAGAUCAUCGCCAGCAUCAGGGCAAAUCGCACGCCACCGGCCAACCCUCCGAGGGUCAACAUCCAGGAUUACAGCCAGCCCAGCCCUCAGCCCUCAGGCUUCUACAGUCACUCUCAACAGCCGGGGACACCGAGAAAAUUCACCCCGAGAGCCAGUCCGACUCAUAAUAGUUACAGUCCGGUUAUGGCGGGAACUCCGAGAUCUGAUAACCAGGAAGCGUACAGAUCGGCAGCUCGGAGCUCCCCUCGUCAUAAUCCAACCACUGAGCGGGACACAUCUCAUCACAACAACAACAACGAUGAGGAGGAGGAGGAGAGAAGGAUUUCCUUCUCGGUGCCCGGGGCGUCAGACUGCCUCCACUCCUGCGAGGACUGCGUUCAAUUCCAGAUCAAAAAAGAUGGAAAUAUAGAAAAGUGGAGCAAAUCACAAGGAUGCUUUUCCACGCUGCCACUAGACAGGGACACGUCUGACUCCUGCAGCGUUUACACGUCAGAGAAACUGAACUUCUUAUAAAAGAAGCUGAAGGAAGAAAGAAUAAAACGUGGAGAAACUACAGUGUUGGAUUCUCUGGUGUAGAAAGAAAACACCUCACCUGUGCCUUUUGCAUCUUAGUUUUAACAGUUCGGUAUCAAUAUUGCAUGUCAUUUUUCAUGUGAUUUUCUGAAGCAUGAGUUGAGCCUUCCUGUCUCUGAUUACAUAUUUCUUGACACUGUUUGAUGGUGCUCCUGAAAUCUCCUGCUGUUACCUACCUCCAGACCCUCAGGACCAGUCUGAUCUGCACCGUAUUCGCUGAGUGUCGGUACGUUUGUGAUGUGAUCUUUAGGGCUAACGUAGAAAAUUCGAAUUAUGAUACAAAAAAAGUUUGCAAAAAGGGAAUUCUUAAUAAGUACUGUACAGUAAUAGAGAGUUAGUGGACGUGUUUUCCUUCAUUCAUCAUGUUAACCAUUCCUAACUUGUCAUGUUAAAUAUCCGCUCCGCAGUACAGUGUUUUUUUGCAAUGAUAUAUAGUGUAUCUUACCCUCGAGGUAACUGUAGUAAGAAUAGCUAUGUGAAACGUAACAUGUUCCACCAAAUAUUGCAAUAGCCUAUUAAUGUGUGAACUGUGUACAGGAUAAUAUCUGAUCACCAAAUCUUUAUAGUGAGCAAAGAGGUCGGACUGCUGCUUGUGAUAUUUUUGGACGUCAUCUCUUAAACAAUAAAAUAUAACUUUAUCUUUAACACACAUUUUAGAUGAUUUUUUUUCCCUCCAAUGUUCUGUGUGUUUGUCGGUAACCCACAAUUAUUUUCAUUAUCGAUUAAUCUGUGGAAUUUCAUGAAUUGUAUAAAAUAUCAGGAAGUGACAAAUAGUUCCCAAAGCUCAAGAUGGCAUGUUAAAAACUAAAGAUAUUUAACUUAUUUUAAUUUUAACUGAAGAAAGCACAUUAUACCCACAAUUGAGAAGAUGUAAACAUUAAAUAUUUUGUAUUUUUGCUUGAUAAAUGACUACAACGAU